UACAAUACAAUUCACAGCCAUAGCCUAGUAUAAUAAAGUAUUCUAUUGGCAAAACUAUCAAAACUUUGAAGUUACAACUUACAAUAUUCUAGUCUACGUGCAAAUUCUAACAAUACAGUAGUUCAAAGACCUAUUCAGUCUUUCUAUGCGAUACAACUACAUAUUGUAAUUAGAACAAAAUUGUCGUGUUCGUUAAAACGAUGAAAAUCGAAUCGGACUUUUUGCCAGAAAAACAAUGUAUUGUUAUCGAUAUUGGAACCAAGUACACAAAAUUUGGAUUUGCUACUGAACAUUCGCCUAGAUGUAUUAUACCUACUUGUUGUGAAAUAGAUGGUACAUCUAUUCCUGACAUAUAUAAAUGUAAAGAUGAACAAACACUUAUGUUAGCUUUAACAAACUUCAUACAUAUGUUAUUUUACAAAUAUGCGCUAGUGGCACCUAAAGAUAAAAAAGUAAUAAUUGUUGAGUCAUUAUUAUCACCAACAAUAUUUAAAGAAAUACUUGCUAAAGUAUUGUUUAUUACUUAUGAAGUUACAUCUCUAUGUUUUGUCCCAUCACAUUGUGCUUCUUUGUUUACACUUGGAAUUUCUACCGGUCUAGUACUUGAUGUAGGAUACAAAGAAGUUAUUCUUAUACCAGUAUGUGAAGGAGUACCUGUUCUACGUCUAUGGCAAGCAAUGCCAUUGGCAGGACAAGCGGUAGAAAAUCAUAUCAAAACUCGUAUUGAUGUAGGUCAAUUAUCUGAUGAAUCAAUUGACAGUAUUGCUGAAGAUAUUAAAGCUAGAUGCUGUUUUGUGACUACAUUAAAACGUAGCAAAAUUCUAGCCACAGGUCAAAGUGUUGACCCUAAAACUUCUGAUGUUGAAUAUCAUAUAAAUGGAGAAAGAUCCAUAACAAUAUCUGGAGAUGUUAGGGAAACAGUCCAUGAUGUGUUAUUUGAAGAAAACAUUGAUCAAAUGUCUAUCACUACUAUGAUACUUGAAACUAUAAUAAAUAGUAAUGUGGAUAUCCGAUUAAAGCUUGCAGAAAACAUUGUUCUUAUAGGUGGCACGGUGAUGGCUAAAGGUUUCAUGUCAAGAUUAAAAGAAGAACUUGUAGAAAAACUUAAGUGUUCCAAGUAUAACAAUUUAAAAAUCACAAAAUUCAAAUUUCAUGUAGCACCUGCUUAUGAAAAUUAUAUUGCGUGGCUUGGAGGAUCAAUAUUUGGAAGCACAAAUAAUUUGAACAUACUUUCACAAACAAGGGAAAAUUAUAUAAAUGAAAAUUAUGUUCCAGACUGGCCCACAACAUUCACCAGGCAAAAAACUGAAUAAAUCGUAAUAACCACACCUUUCUUUUUUAAUAAUCAACCUCACCAAUCGGCUACGAGUUUCAACAAGAUCUUUUUUUUAUUUAUUUUAUAAAACAAUUUGAUUUAACAAUGAACUAAUGAGACAACAUUGUUUAUAAAUAAUAAUUAGUACAUUUCUACAUAUUUUUUUGUAUAUUUAACAUUUUUGUGUAUUUUAGCUUCUGAGCCUUAGUAAUAAAAUAUAUUACUGUUAUUUAUUACUAA